AUGAUGUACACUGACAUGCUAAACCUCAUGGGACAGGAACCAGUAUUGUGUUCCAUGGAAGCUGAAGAACGCUCCACUGACCUGAGAGUUCUUCUCUUUGUCGUUUCAGCCAACAAGACCCUGCUGGGCGGAGGAGGGGUGGACGGAGCCAUUCACAGCGGUGCAGGUCCAUUCCUGAGGAAGGAAUGUUCCACUCUGGGAGGGUGUGAAACGGGGAAGGCCAAAAUAACUGGAGCGUACAACCUGCCAGCCAAAUAUGUGAUUCACACCGUGGGGCCGAUUGCUCAUGGCUCUGUAGGUGAGAGGGAGAAACUGGCACUCCGCGACUGCUAUUAUAAUUGUCUGCACACAGCCAUUGAGAACAAUCUGCGGACAGUGGCUUUUCCCUGUAUUUCUACUGGGGUGUAUGGAUAUCCACCUGAUGAAGCAGUGAAAGUGGCUCUGGCGACAGUGAAAGAAUUCUUGGAGACGCACCAUGCACAGAUGGACCGGGUCAUCUUCUGUGUGUUCCUCAAGUCAGACGAGGAGCUGUACAAGAAAAACCUGCCUGUGUACUUCUCACAAGCUGCUGACCAAUCAGAGAACUCACUCUGAGGACAGAUGCGUCUCCGAAGAGCAAAUUAUGAGUGGAUUUAAUUGCUGUGGAUGCUGAAGCGCUCAGUUGUUCUACUGCCUGCUCCUGGUUCCCCAGCGUCUGCCCUGCAAGCAACACCUACUGAUUAUUUUUGAACUGAUUUUUUUUUUUUUUUUUUGACUUCAUUUAAUUCUUUAGUAAUGGCAGUUUAUUCCUGAGCUGAAGACAAACACCACAUUUCACAUAAUGAAGCAUUGUAGAACCAUGUCUGAAGCAUUUUCCUAUUUCACUAUGGCAAUAGAGAAGGGUGGGCAAUAUAGCAAAGAAAUCAAACAUUAUAGUACUUGAAUUAGGCAGUACAUUUACAGCAUUUGUUGUUUAAAAAAACAGUGUAAAAUAGAAAAAGAGAGCAUGUGGGGGAAAAUGGUACGAAACUGUAGACAUCCAUCCUGCUGAAAUAUAGUCUGAAUGAAAUAAGCUGUACAAGUUGGUUAAGCUGGUUGACUAGCUUAGCUCUCCACCAGCUUGUAGGGAAUGUUUUUAAAAGAAUGUGAUGAUUUAAGCUGGUUUUUCAACAUGACCAACCUGACCAGGCUUGUUAAGAAGAUGACAAAUUUGUAAACCAAUGUGACCAGCUUGAUAAACAGUUAAGUCAGAUUAGUCAGGUUGGUCAUUCUGAUAGAACAGCUAGUAUGGACCAGGCUAACCAGUAUGACCACUGUAUAAGUUGUCUGACUGACAAUGUGGUCCAUUAUCUUUAUCAAACCAGUCAACCACUAUGGUUAGCUUGACAGCUAGCCUAUUCAGGUUAGUCAUUCUGGCAGACAUGCUAGAUAAAAAAUAAAUAAAUAAAUAAAAAAUCCAAUAAAAACAGCCUGCUUAACAACCAGAUGUUUUUUUUGUUUGUUUGUUUGUUUUAUUUUACCUGAUUUACAACCUUUCCAACCACUUAUUAUCAGUGAUCAGUGUAGGACAUCUGUUAUAUGCAGUUUGGUCCCAUUUACAAGAAUAUUUUUUCAUCCAAGAAAAACACACUGCAUCACAUUGAUUUUAAAGAGCAUAAUGUGCUCAUAAUAAACCCUCACAUACACUCCAUUUAUCAUUAAUACAAGGGAUUAAUAUUUUUAAGCAAUAACAUCUUCAGAACAGACAAAUGUACAGAAUAUUGAACUGAAACUGUCUCAGACUGUACUUUUUUCUACCCAUUAACUCCACCUACACCUCUCUCACUCUUGGAUGUCUUCAGAUUGAGAUGUUGUCUUUAUAACUAUGUGCUCCAAUCCUUCCAUUCUCCCCAAAAAAUAAGGGAACAAGGGAGGUACAGGAGAAAUGAACUCAUCUGCUGCAAUGAUCAUUUUUUAAUAAGCAGUGGGCAGCUCAGAUACUGUCAUCAGAUGAGCAGUGUGUAAUGAGAGGAGUGAGGAAGAAAAGGAGGGAGGUAAAGAAGAGAGAGAAUAAUUAUCCUAAAUCGAGACGUCAUCGCUGUCCCAUCAGCACAUUUUCAAACAACUGACAAAAAAUGAACUUGUAAAAACUAUGCUGUUAGGUCCGUUCACAAAGACCAACUAUAUAUGUAACUGUGGAAUGCACACUGCUUUCCAUUCACUUAAACUACAGUCCACUUUGCCUGUCCCUGUCAAGUCUCAACUCUGUGUUGGUUUACAAUUGGUCAAGUCUUAAAUCUCUAAAAAAUAAAAGUCUCAUGUCUCAAAUAAGACUAGCUUGUAAUGAGCCAUUUCUCUAUCCUCUCAUUUAAACUCUGGGUAAUGGAAAUCGGAUAAAUUUGUGACCUGUCUGCCAUUUCAUACAUUAUGUCAACGCCACUGAAAGCAAACAAGUGUUACAAGCAAACGAACAUUCACUCCUAUUUUUAAAAAAAAGUUAGUAGCGAGCUAAGUUACCGUUACACAGCGGAUGUUAAGCUACAUGUUUGCUAAAAGUCAUAUACGCUAAUGUGACUGACCCCUCUGGGUAAGUUUUCAGGUGCCCGAUAAAAUGUAAUGUAAUUCGUUCUCACCCUUCCAGUGCUCACCCAUACAUCAGCCAAUAGGAAAUGGACAGGGCAUGGAGCUGCAGUCACUCAUGGGAGAAAGCCAAUCACAGAUCUUAUCUUAGAGUUACAUAAUCCAGAAAUAAAAUCUUUGUAUCUUGACAUUUUGUAAAUCUGGCAGUUUUUAUUUACAUUGGGUGAAAAGCUACUUUCCAAUUAACCAGCUAUGGAGAAAUCUGGCGUGAACUGGCCUUGAGGUGUCGUAAAACAGUAUAACGAGUAAAAACUUGUAAAUAGCCCACUAUCAUAAACCUGCAGCAUUCCAAAAUAUAGUGCUUUUGCCCCAUUUUUUUUGUUAUAGGGGAAUAGUGCUGCCACUUUAUACUAUUUUUACAGCAAUAACAAGCUUAAAGUAGAAAUUUACUUCACUUGUAAAAUUGUUGAUGGGCCUGACAUUUAAAACGAGACACUGAAAACUUUGAAAGUGCACAGGUAGUUGAAAAGCACAAACAAAUAGGUAGGAUAGGGGAACAGAAUGCAUAAUUAAUUCUGUAGAAAUGCAUGAUUAUUAUAGAGAUAUUUUCAGCAACAGCUGGAAUUCAUGCAUUUCCACUAAAUUCAUUUAUCAGUCUGAUCCUCUAUCCUACUUAUUAAUUUGUGCUUGAUUGGUUGACUUAUCGUGACUUAAUUCAAGAUGGUGGCAUGUAGAGAACUACCUCAAGGUACUGUGUGUAUGAACAGUUUAUUAAUAAACUACCUGUGCACUUUCAAAACUCUCAGUGCCUCAUUUUAAAUGUCAGGGCCGUCAACAAUUUUACCAAUGAAGUGUGGAGUUACUUUGAGCUUGAUAAUGGUAUGAAAAUAGUGUGUAAAAAAAAAAAAAAAAAAACUAUACCCCUAGCGUUAGAACUGUAGUGCUGUAUUUCUGAAUGCUGGGGGCAAAUGGAGGUGGGCUGUUUUACAAAAGUUUGUACUCAUUAUCAUGUUUCACUAAACCCAAAGUGCAUUUCAGACCACAUUUCUUCUUUAAUGUGCAACAAAAUUUUUUCCAGCUCUGUGUACAUGUCAAAUCUAAUCUCUUAAAAUCACUUUAAUAUGUGGUCAAAUCUGGAUAUGUGUCUAAUUAGUUGCAUUCAAAAAGAAUGUGAUUGGUCCGUUGGAAUUACAUGCAAUGGUGUAUUGUCACAUGUAUGGAUAUGCUUAGUGCUGCGGUCACAUGAAAACAACAAAGAAGAGAGUGUGCGUAAAGUUAGCAAUGUGUGCAUGCAUACUGUUUCAGGGAUAGAUUUAUUUAAAUUGCAGACAGAUUUAGAUCACUUACAUUUAUGAAUGUGAAUGUCAAGAUAAAAUCUUAGCUAAGAAUCAGACUGAUUAAUGCAGCUCGUAAUGUGAAUGACUAAUUUAAAGAUGACAUUUAAAUAUGAAUGAAGCAGCAGAAAUCCGAAGUUUUCUGCUUUUGAUAAACAAAUUAAAAUUUUUGCACAUGAAUCUUCAUAUUUGAACAAGCUUUCCACUCACAUCUGCCUCAAAUCAGCAGUGUGUAGCCAUGCCACAAAAAAGCUUACUGUAAUUGGUCUGUUCGCCACAGGUGGUUUAUAAUGGAUUUUAUAUGAUGUAUGGGGUACUGCUCUCUCUUUUCCACUGUUUAAUCAUACAAGCAUAGUGUGGUACAGUUUAUCUCUUUAACAAUAACGUAUUGCCCUAUUGCCCACCCCUAGUCACAUACAAAAUACUGCAGGUGUAUAAUGCUAAACUGAUUAUUCCACUGUAAACUGAGACUCUCUCUUGUGCAUAUCUCAGUGAUGAAUUGUGCGGAUUUCCAGGGUUUAUUCGUGGCUUUGUUCUAAAAGUAGGUGUACAGAAUCAUGUUAUGGCCAAAGCUAUGAUUUGCAUGCUUUCAUUUUGAAAUACUGUAAUUGAGUUUGGAGUUUAAUGUGAGUGUAGCUCUCACAGCCACUGGAAAUCAGUUUCAAAUGGUACGGGGGAUAUUGUGCAAGCCAUUCUCAGCAGUUCUCUGAAGCAGGGGCCAAUGCUUGUAACACUUAACCUUCAAUGAAAUUGCACUUUUUCUUCUUUCCCAGUGUACUUUAUGUCUGUCACUAUGAUGAAGGAUUCUCAUUAAAGCCCAUUCCUCCACGCUGAA